GAGACACUCUCUCACACGCACACAGAGUCAGUCGGACUCUUAGCUCUGUUUUCUAAAAGAAAAGGAAAAAACUUUUUACAUAUAUACUGAGGGAAGAGCUAGAAAGAAGGAACAAAGAGUCCUCGUUGCCUUCAUCUUUUGUUUUGCUUAUGCAAUCUUCUGACUGCUAAAACGAAUAAGGGAGCAGAGAAUCUUGUGCAACGUAGAAAAUCUUUUAAAGUGCAAGCGGGCUUACGUUAGCCCUUCCUCCCACCCAAUAACUCUGCCACAAGAUUUUCUUCCCUCCUUCCCAGGCGACUGUACGGCCUCCUUCUUCCCUCCGCCGGUGUGCGCACUUUCCUUAUCCUACACCACUUUCAUUUCCUAUAUAUAUAUAUAUAUCGCUUUCGCUGGCUGGGGGUGCGGGAUGUGUGAAAGAGAAAAAGAUACGAAAAGAACAAACAAAAGCAACAUAGAAAUGGCUACGAAGCUACUUUUAACGUUUGCUAUAUAUCGAUUAAUUGUCACCGUUGGAUUGACCGUGGAGCCAACGGAGCUUAUCCGGCUCGGGGUCGACGGUCAGCUCAGCGUUGACCCAUCUGAUAGGGAGAAGGCGUCGCUUGACUUUGGCAUGAUGAGCCGAGUCGAGCCGCUGGCAGUUUUCCACCCGGCCUCGGCGGAGGACAUAUCGAGGCUCGUCAAGGCGGCUUACGGGUCGGCUCGCGGGUUCACAGUCUCGGCGAGAGGGCACGGGCAUUCCAUAAACGGGCAGGCUCAGACGAACAAAGGGGUGGUGGUUGAGAUGAGCGGCUCGAGGGGGAGGCGGCUCGGCUUCGGGAAGCCGGCUCUGCCUCGUGUUUUCGAGGAAGAAGGAUAUGUGGACGUGUGGGGUGGGGAGCUGUGGAUAGAUGUGCUGAGGUCUACGCUGGAGCAUGGGCUUGCACCAAAAUCAUGGACGGAUUACUUGUAUUUGUCAGUUGGUGGAACCCUAUCAAAUGCUGGAAUUAGCGGCCAAGCUUUCAAUCAUGGACCUCAGAUUAGCAAUGUCUAUCAGCUUGACGUUGUUACAGGGAAGGGUGAGGCAUUAACAUGUUCAGAAGAACAAAACUCAGAGCUGUUCCAUGCCGUUCUUGGGGGUCUUGGGCAAUUUGGAAUCAUCACUAGGGCUAGAAUUCCUCUUGAGCCAGCUCCCCAGAGAGUGAGGUGGAUCAGAGCACUCUACUCCAACUUUUCUGUUUUCACCAAAGACCAAGAAUUCCUGAUCUCUCUGCAUGGGCACCCAGCAAGCCAGAAAUUCGACUAUGUCGAGGGUUUUGUUAUUGUGGAUGACGGGCUCAUUAACAACUGGAGGUCCUCCUUCUUCUCCCCUCGUAAUCCUGUUAAAAUCACCUCUUUCAAUGCAAACGGUGGCGUUUUAUAUUGCCUGGAAGUCACCAAGAAUUAUGAUGAAUCAAGCGCCAAUAGCAUCGAUCAGGAAAUAGAGGCUCUGUUGGAAAAAUUAGACUUCAUGCCCACAUCAGUCUUCACAACUGAUCUGCCCUACGUGGAUUUCUUGGACCGGGUCCACAAGAACGAGGUGAAGCUCCGGUCCAAGGGUUUGUGGGACGUGCCGCACCCAUGGCUGAACCUUUUCGUGCCCCGGUCAAGGAUUGCUGACUUCGAUAAGGGCGUGUUCAAGGGCAUUUUGGGAAACAAGACAAGCGGGCCCAUUCUCAUCUACCCUAUGAACAAAGACAAGUGGGACCAUAGGACCUCGGUGGUGACGCCGGAUGAGGACGUGUUUUACCUUGUGGCGUUCCUUAGGUCGGCCUUGGAUACUGCAGAUGAGACCCAGACGUUGGAGUACCUGACGCAUCAGAACCGCCAGAUCCUGCGCUUCUGUGAUGAUGCAGGGAUCCGGCUGAAACAGUACCUGCCCCACCACACCACGCAGGAGGAGUGGGCGGACCACUUUGGAGAUAAGUGGGCCCAGUUUUAUCACAGGAAGAUGGAGUAUGAUCCCCGGAGCAUUUUGGCUACAGGCCAGCGUAUCUUUAAGCCCUCCUUCACUACUACACUCGCUUCCUGCUGAUCAUUCAUCAACAACUACACUAAAUUCUAGUUAUUUUAAUCACCUAGGAAUAUUUUUGUACAUAUUUUAUAAUAGCCAAAAGGCCCAGAAAUGUAAAAACAAGAAAUUUUGUUUAAACAACUAGUAGAUCGAAUUAUGGGCAGAAUUUUUCCUCCAAACCUGAUGAGAGCGAGGAUUCCUUCAACUCAAGCCUGUGUACAAUUCUUAUAAAAAACAAUUCUCGCCUUGAAUAAUUAGGGUGAUUUAGGAUGGGGUUUUUUGUCGACGUGGUGCAGGUCUAGUUGUUUGGGGGCGAUUGGUAUUGGACGGUGGAGAUACGAGUGGGAAGGUGGGGUCCAUGAUUAUCUUGUGCCCAUGCCAUGUUGUUGUUUGCAGUGCCCAUGGAUCCCAACCGCCCGUCUGGACUGCCUCUGGAUGUUGUCUGCAGCUUCUUCACGCACAGCUGGUUCCGGUUCCAUCAAUGUGGAUCGACGACGUCGUUGUUGUACUUUUACCUCUGUAGCUUUAAAAUAUUAUUAUAUUGUGUUAAAAUUCUGUAGUUCAUAAGAAAAAAUUUUGUUGCUUUCUUGUAUGUAUGUACUUCUCCGACCUUUGCA